CUUCCUCUCUCCCUCCCUCUCUCUCCCACUUUCUCUCUUUCUCUCCACCUCAUCAUCACACUCUCUCUUUCACUUCACGCCUUCACGUGCGUGGAGUUGGUGUCACGCGAACGCCGAUCUCAGCCGCCGGCUCGCAAGGGGGACGCGGCGUCGGAGCUUGGGCCCCACGAGCUCGGGGAAGGGAGACGGAGGUUCUCAGCACUGGGGAGGAGGAUCUGCAGGGCGCUUAGGAGGAGAAACUUGAGGGGAGACUGGAACAUGGACUGCUGUGCUCUCUGAGUUUAGGGUCUCUGCUCCCCGUCCUGGGGGCUGCUGCAGCUGGGCUCUCCCCGUCACACUGCGAGCCCCCAGACCUACGCCAGGCGGUAGACACAAGGAAAGACUUUUUUUUUUUACUGCUUUGACCCCCUGAGGCCAGCUGUUGCUCCUGUUUCUGGGGCCGUCCUCUCUGGUUCUGCGACGGGAACUCGCGUCCAUCCUCGUGCCCGUUCGUGUGAGUGCGUGUAAGGGCACGGCAGCAAGGCCGGGAUGCAGGUGUCUUUCGUGUGCAGCGAUCACCGGGCGGUGAACCGCAGCGCCGAGGACCGGCUGAACCGGCAGAAUGCGAGCAGCCCGGGCACGCGCAGCAAGUUCCGCGCCGUCGCGAUGGUGGCCCGCAGCCUGGGUCAGCUGUCCGUACAGAACACGCCCUCUGUUGGCGACCAGGCCACCCGCACCGGCAUGAAGUACAGGAACCUUGGAAAAUCUGGACUGAGAGUCUCCUGCCUUGGGCUAGGAACAUGGGUCACCUUCGGAGGGCAGGUCACGGACGAGAUGGCGGAGCAGCUGAUGACUUUGGCGUACGAGAACGGGAUCAACCUGUUUGACACGGCGGAGGUUUACGCCGCAGGAAAGGCAGAAGUGGUGCUUGGAACCAUAAUCAAGAAGAAGGGAUGGAGGCGCUCCAGUCUGGUCAUCACCACCAAGAUAUUCUGGGGUGGAAAGGCGGAAACUGAAAGAGGGUUAUCCAGAAAGCAUAUAAUAGAGGGACUGAAGGCCUCCCUAGAGCGGCUACAGUUAGAUUACGUGGACGUGGUGUUUGCCAACCGGCCCGAUCCCAACACGCCAAUGGAAGGAGAUCCAUUUAACAGUUCAAAGUCAAGACCAUUCAUCAUAGAAGAGACGGUGCGAGCGAUGACCCAUGUGAUCAACCAGGGGAUGGCCAUGUACUGGGGCACGUCUCGGUGGAGCUCCAUGGAGAUUAUGGAGGCAUACUCUGUAGCAAGGCAGUUCAACCUGAUCCCACCAAUCUGCGAGCAGGCCGAGUAUCACAUGUUCCAGCGGGAGAAAGUGGAGGUGCAAUUGCCAGAGUUAUUCCACAAAAUAGGUGUGGGCGCAAUGACAUGGUCCCCGUUGGCCUGUGGGAUCAUCUCAGGGAAAUACGACAGCGGCGUGCCGCCGUGCUCGCGGGCCGCUCUGAAGGGCUACCAGUGGCUGAAAGACAAGAUCCUGAGCGAGGAGGGCCGGCGUCAGCAGGCGAAGCUGAAAGAGCUGCAGGCGAUCGCGGAGCGGCUGGGCUGCACGCUGCCUCAGCUCGCCAUCGCAUGGUGCCUCAGAAACGAAAGCGUGAGCUCAGUGCUGUUGGGAAGCUCCAACGCAGACCAGCUGAUUGAGAAUAUCGGAGCAAUACAGGUUCUUCCAAAGCUGUCGUCCUCUAUCAUUCACGAGGUGGACAGUAUCCUAGGCAACAAACCCUACAGCAAAAAGGACUACCGAUCCUAACAAUGGUGUCGACUGCUGGAUGGCUUCGCUCAAAUUCUGCUUGUUCUUCUGUUUGUCUCAGCUUCAUCUGACGAAGGUGCCCAUGGGACCAGCGUAGCCCUGGUCCUGGAGGAUGACAUCAUUUAGAUCAGAGUUUCCCCAUCCGGUCCACAUUUUUGCUCCCUCCCCCCGAGAGCCUGGGAGGAAGUAAGAAAUGUGGACUGGCAGGUAGGGGGGCUGGGAGGGAGCAAAAUCAUGGACUGACUGUGGAUCCAAAAGGACCGGAUUGGGAAACACUGAUUUAGAUUAACGCAAGUUCAAAUACAUGAAACAAUUUUAAUCGGUUAGAUGGAUGUAGAAUGAAAUUGACUUGUAGAUAACUCUGUAAUGCAUUUAAUUUAGCAAAAAAAGGGUAUUUUUAAAACAUAGGAAAAGACUAUCAACUUAAGCACAUGUUUGCUUGGCAGUCAUUUUUUCCAUUGAUCUUUUAAUCACGUGAUGUGCUAUAAGAAAUUUAGGUCAAGUUAUAGGGAAUUAGGUCAAGAUAAAUUACAGUAUCUAAAAAACCUUUGAUCUUCAUCCAUGAAAGCCAUCAUUAUUUAUUUUCUAUUAUUUUAUGUAAAAAAAAAAUACGUCAGUUCCUUGCAAGUACGUUUAGCUGCUUGCUGUUGAAGCCAUACAUAUUCAUGUAUGUAUGCGGUACCUUCGAACGCUGUUGUCCAACCUUUGUCCAGUUCUGAAGUCACAUGAUCAAAACGUUCACCGACAACCAAUCAGCUGUUUUGCACACAUGUUCCCUGUUUCUUGGCAGCACCUGCUCGGCAGUCUUGCUAUGUCACCUAACCCACCAUUCUCUAUCGCUCCCCCCCCCUCCCCCAUGCAGAGCAAUGCUAUGAAAAAAAAAAACUUCUUACAGACCUUCACCUCAGUAACUGCCAGCGACAUUAGUCCAGCAGACACAGUAGUGUUAAUGAUAGUAAAUGAAGUUUUUGUCAGGGACCUGUCUUGGGACGGAUCUGGUUAUUUAAACGCAGCUAUUUUUGUCACUGGAGAUUAUAAGCACCUACCUUUACAAUGUUUUACACUGACAGACUAUCACAGGCACGUUCCGGCCUCCAAUCCUUAUUGGAGAUGUUUAUUGUAACCGGAGCUGUCAUCAGAUGGACAGGGGUAUGACACGCAGGCCGUUCGACGUUAUGAUCCAUAAAGGUUUCCCUGCUCCAGUCUCCUUCUGAGUGAGGUCAGCAGUUAACCAUUGUCACCAGUAACAGGGUGGCCUGCCAUUACAGGACUGGACAGUGCACAUAGCCAGGUGCAUCUCUUCCAGACAUAGCACAUGGCUGAAGUGGGGGCUCGUAGAUAUCCUCUCUCACCCCCUUUUUAUAUACGUCCACAUUACACACCUGCCAUUUUCCGCGCUGCAUGCUCGGCAUAUUUGUCAUAUUCCAGCACAGUGAUGGUCCUGCAUCUCUCCCUCUCCCUGUUUUCCUGGGGGGGUCCUUCAGUAAAGUUUUCUCAUUUUAAUAUUUAAUCUAGCAGGAAUAGAUGUUCUCUGGUUGUGGAGAGGGUGGUAGUGAUGGUUGGGGGGGGGGGGGGUUAAUUCCCUUAAGCAUAUCAGGCACUUAUUUCUAUAAUGCAAUUUAAUUUAUAAUUUAUAAUUGGUGGAUGAGUUAAAUUAUCCACUUAUUUCCCAUCAUAGAGUUACUUGCUUUAAUUUCACAAAACUUGAACUAAGUUUUUCUGUGCUUUAAGUAAAACUCGCUCUUGAAAUAUUUUUGUUCAAUGAAUGUACAAGAGACACCGCUGUGACUAAGAAGCUAAAUUCCGGCAUUAUGUGUCAGUAGUACUGACUUAAAUAUUGUGAUUUUCUAAAAUAUCCAGCGUGAGGUUGGUCCUUCCCUUUGAAAGGCAGGGUUCCAUCGCUCCUGGUUCUUUACACUCCAGUUGCUGAGUAAGAGGAGCACUUUCUUUAAAAUGCAAAGAUGGACAAUUUGCCAACAGAUGGAGCCAGUAAUUAAUAACAGUAGUAUAGUUAUCCAAUUAAUACGAGUUUCUCAUCUUCUUAGCAGCUUGAAUUUGGCUGGAGGUACAAAGAAUGAUCCAGCCAUAAGAGAAAUUUCAAUAAAUUAGGGGCUGAACUUUGUACUUUUUUUUUGUGAUAACGAUUAUGCAUCUGAUUAUGUUUUUUUGUUUGAAUGUUGCUCCCCCUACUGGACAAAGCAGAAACUGUCUGCAUCGUUGCUGUUUCGGGCACACUUGCACGUGCACUAACGCCAGAAAUUAGUCACACGUUCAGUCCUGUUAGCAGUAGCGGUGAAGGAUGCGGCAUUGUGUUGUAAAGCGAGCUCUGUGAGACUUCUACACGCUACAGACGCGUUAAAGUGGUCCCACCACUCAUCUAUGCAUGACUAUUUACUCAGUAUUAGCAGUUAUUGCUUGCUGCUCUGUAAGAAAAAAUGGCAACAGUAUCAAACUUUACAUAUACAUGUAAUAACUGUAUUUUAUUAUAUUUUGAAAUAUCUUUUUCAAUGUUACAUGACAUGAAAAUUGCACUUGUAUGCACUCCUACCAACUACAUGAUGACAUAUGUAUCCUUAUAGCCUUUUUUGAGUGGGGUUCUAGCACAGGACUGUUUACUUAUGUGUCGAGCAGAAAUGCUGGAAACUAAGCCUGACGUAAGCUGGACAUGCAAAUAUCUCAGUAGAGAAGAGCCAUUAAUGUUACGGUUUGACUUUAUCAAAGAGAGGAAUUUGACCUUUGGAUGUCGCAGUGCUAAUGCAAACCACGAAGUUGGCAAGAUGUCAGCAAUGCUGAGUUAUGUUUAGUCUGUGCACAAGAUAUUAUCUGUAUCAAAGCCCUGAUAACUAAUAUCUACGGUCAACAACUGGACCCUGCAGUUGACUGACCCUCAACUCCAGCGAAUAUCUCUCUCUCUGCUUCUCAAUUUCAUGCGCUGCGAGUUUUCAAGAGGUUUGCUAAAAUGGCAUUUAACCUGUCUGUAUGUUUUUUUUUUAUCGUUAGAUAUUUUAUUUGAUCAUUGAUAUGAUUCGAGAUUAUAUGUAUUUACACACUUAAUGCAAAAAUGGCAUCUUGUAUCUGGCGUUGUUUCUGUGAGGAAAAUGAAAAUAUUUAUUGGAAUACAAACAAACUUUGCAAAGUUGCUAUUUGUGGCUGUAUGAGCCAGUGCUCAGGCUAUUGAUGAUCGCCUUCUCUGCUCGAGGAACCAAAGAUUACUAUAGAGCAACAGUGUUUCCUAUUUCUCAAAAGGAAAAAAAUGUUAAUUUUAAAGUGAAAAACCCCGGGAAUAGAGCUUCCUGGUGCAACAUGUCAGCUCAUGUCAUUGAUUUGUCAUCGAUAUAUAAAGCUGGUGUCUUACACAUUUGUUUUCAACCGAUGACGCAGAGAGAAUUAAACACAUAAAGGUUUUGUUUGGCUUGUUCGGCUCCUGCUGCCCAGGCCUCCCCUGUCCUGCCCCUCGUCGUGUCUGCAUGCAGCUUGACAGUUAUGUUUGGCCUCGAGGAAUGAGGCGAUACGCACCGCCAUCCAUUUCUGCAGGUCGCAUCAUCGUCUUGACGCCUUCCGCUCUCCACAGCAGAGGCGAGAUCCUUCAUCUCAUCCCCGCAGCUGGGUCGCUGCAUGCGUGGAUCGCAACACCCUAACAGCACACUGAUCUGGGAACACACACACACACACACACACACACACACACAGGGCAAAAUGUAAAUAAAAGCCAUCUUCAGCUUUGUCAGGAGAAUUUGCGGAAUGGCAGACCCAGGACUUGUGACUCCGCUUAUGUUGCCCUGUAGCCAUCAUGGCUCAUAGCCUCUGGAGUGUGGGACCACAGUGAGCGGAAGGCUGCUGUAUUAAACUGCUGUACACUAAUGGCAAGUGGUACAGGAGUGGGAAGCGAGUUGGGUUUGAGCUUAGCGAUACUGUCAAACGUAUUACUCUAAUUCUAAUAGAAGUCAAAUAAUUAUAUUUAAAAAUGUAUCCUAUUUUUUAACAUGUACACAUUUUCUGUUGGGAGUGACUCCGAAAUAUUUCUGUUGUUCAAGGAAUUAUAUGUCAUAACUGCUAGCAGAUUGUACAUUUUCAAACCUAAAUAACAAUAACCUUCUGACACUUUCUUGUAUAUAGUGUGAUAUUUGUAUAUAUGAGUGGCUGUCAUUAGUCCACUGCUUGUUUUACUUUCAUCAGAGAGCCGAGCUUAAUAUGUAUUGUGCUUGAAACUGAAGUCAGGACAGUAUGUACAGCUACAGUAUAUAAGAAAUGAAAAUAAAAACUCAUGAAAGGUAA